CAACGAUCAGUUAACUGCUGCUGAAGAAACAUUCACAGAGUUUAAAUAAAUCAUCGUCAAGUCGGAGGAAGAGAUGGAUGAUCAUCGCAGACUGCUGGAUUUCUCCCGGACUCCCCGGAUAAUUUUAUACCGAAUAGAUUGCCUGCAACAUGACGUUUAUGAGGAGCAGAUAUGUAAGCAGGAGAGGAGCUUCACUCUGGACAAGGACCAGUUAGAACCUCUGCAGGUGAAACAGGAACAGGAAUGGACUGAAAAUCAGCAGAUAGAAGGGGAGCAGGAAGAUCUAGAACAUCAGCAAAUAAAAGUGGAUGAGAAAGAAGUUUACUGCAGUCAGGGUGAAGAACAGCUUGAGCUAAAACAAGAGACUGAUUCCUGCAUGAUGGUUCCUGUUGAUGAGCAAACAGACCACACUGAAUCAGAACCAAACAAGAACCAAGAAAUCUUCCAGGAAGCUGCUGAAGCCGAGAACCAAAAGAGUGAAAGAAGAAAACCUUUCUCAUGUGUCAUCUGUAAAAAACAUUUCAAUUUCAAAUCUGUUCUUGUUGCUCAUAUGAGAACUCACACUGGUGAAAAGCCGUUUUCUUGUGUGAACUGUGGAAAAAGUUUUAGUCAAAAACAGAAUUUAUCUCGGCACAUGAGGAUUCACACUGGUGAAAAGCCGUUUUCUUGUGUGAACUGUGGAAACAGUUUUAGUCAAAAAAAUUGUCUAACUCAGCACAUGAGGAUUCACUCUGGUGAAAAGCCGCUUCCAUGUGUGACCUGUGGAAAAAGUUUUGGUCGAAAAUGGGAGUUAACUCGGCACAUGAUGAUUCACUCUGGUGAAAAGCCGUUUUCUUGUGUGACCUGUGGAAACAGUUUUAGACAAAAUCAGCAUUUAACUCAGCACAUGAUGAUUCACAGUGUUGAAAAGCCGUUUUCAUGUGUGAACUGUGGAAAAAGUUUUAGUCACAAACACAGUUUAACUCGGCACAUGAGGCGUCACACAGGUGAAAACCUGUAG